UUUGGAAUCCUAAUAAAUUAGAAAUGUUGAAUCACAUUAUUGGUACUUUCAGUAUCAACAUAAAUUUUAAGAACUCUAUUGAUAACUUCAAUUGGAUUUUUUCGGGUGUAUAUGGUCCUUGUGAAGUUGAGGAAAGGAAAAGAUUGUGGGAUGAACUCUCUCUGAUGCAAACUAUUUGGUGUCUUCCCUGGUGUAUCGGUGGCGAUUUUAAUGAAGUUAGAAUUAUGUCAGAAAGGAAGGGUUGCACUCGUAUUACUAGUGGGAUGAAAGAUUUUGGUACUUUUUAUGAAGAGAAUGAGCUUAUAGAUCUCCCAAUUGCAGGUGCUAAAUACACUUGGAUUAAAAAAGGCUCUAACACUCCCCGGAGCAAAAUUGACAGAUUUGUGGUGAAUGCCGAAUGGGAUGAUCACUUUUAUUAUAUUAUUGUUAAGGCUCUUGGAAGACCAUUUUCGGAUCACAAACCCAUAUGGAUUUCUUGUGAUUUGGAGGAUUGGGGACCACCUCCUUGGAGAUUUGAGUCCAUGUGGAUUUUGGAACCAGGUUUCAUGGAUCUUAUGCAACAAUGGUGGGAUUCUCUUGCUAAUUCUUUCUCGGGUCCAGCUGGUUUUGUUCUCGCUAAGAAGUUACAAGCCCUUAAAGGUCUGAUUAAAGACUGGAAUAAGAGAAGUUUCGGUAGAAUUGAUAGAAAAUGUGAAAAGAAUUAUUUGGAAAUUAGUUGGUUGGAUCAAAUAAUUGAUGAGGAAGACAUCACAGAUUCUCAAUUGGCAAUUCACGACAACCUUAUGCUAGAAAGUGAGAGGUUGGCUGAUAUGAAAGAGAUGUUCUGGAGGGACAAAUCUUGAAUACAAUGGAAUGAAGAGGGUGACAGAAAUACAAAAUUUUUCCAUAGAAUCGCAAAAAUUCGAAGGAGGAGAAAUACCUUUUCUAGCCUAAAAAUUAAUGAUGUUGUUGUUGAUGAUAAGAUGGUUAUCAAAGAAAAUUUUUUGGAACACUUUUCAGAGAGAUUUAAGUCCUUAGAUGAAGCUCAAUUUUCUCUUGCGGAGUUGAAUUUCAAAUCCAUUACAGCUGAAGAUGCUGCCUGGUUGGAGAGACCAGUUUUAGAAGAAGAAGUGUUGGCUGCUUUGAAGCUUUUGGGUCAGAAAAGAGCACCAGGGCCAGAUGGAUUUAAUCUUCAUAUCAUUCUCAAAUGUUGGGCUUUUUUUAUGAAACAAGACAUCAUGAAGGUUGCUAAGGUUUUUGAGUGUUCAGGGUUUAUAGAUUGGAGAUUAAAAUCUACCUUCUUAGCUCUUAUCCCAAAGAAGCAGCAGGUGGAGGAAAUCAAGGACUUGAGACCUAUAAGUCUUAAUAAUACCGUCUAUAAGGCCAUCUCCAGGGUCCUUGCCGAAAGAUUGAAGGUAAUGCUUCCGAAACUCAUUUCUAAUCAUCAGUCUGCUUUUAUUAAAGGUAGACAAAUCCUUGACAACAUCCUAGUAGCUAAUGAAUGUUUAGACUCUAGGAUAAAGAUUGGAAAACCAGGAGUUGUAUGUAAAAUUGAUCUGGAAAAGCUUUUGACCAUGUCAAAUGGCCGUUUCUGUUGGAGGUUCUUCAGAAAAUGGGUUUUGGUCAAGUUUGGCAAACUUGGAUCCUUGGGUGUAUAUCUAAAGUCCCUUUCUCUAUUCUUAUCAAUGGUACUGCAUAUGGUAAAUUUAUUUCUGAGAAGGGUUUACGUCAAGGAGACCCGCUAUCUCCUUUUUUGUUUCUCCUUGUUUCAGAAGUUCUAACAAUGCUUUUUGAUAAGGCUGAAGCAGCUGGUCUUUUGGGUGGAUUCUUAUCUUCCGAUUCUACUGCUGCUGUCAAAGUUAGUCACCUGCAGUUUGCUGACGAUACAUUAGUGUUCAUGGACCCUGCAGUUGAUCAAACCUUGCAGAGAUCUUAAGUUGUUCUUGUAGCAGUUUUCCUACAAGUUACUUGGGCAUGCCUCUGGGAGACAAAUCUAAUUCUGCUUCUAAAUGGGAUAAAAUUCUAGAAAUUUGUAAAACCAGGCUUGCUACUUGUAAAAGAAAGUCUCUCACAAAAGGGGGUAAGUUAACCUUGAUUAGAAGUGUCUUACAAAGUCUGCCCAUUUACUAUUUCUCUUUAUUUAUGGCGCCGGCUCAUGUGAUUAAAUCCAUUGAGAAAAUUAUUAGGAAUUUCCUCUGGGAUGAAUCCUUGGAACUUAAGAAAUUUCAUUGGGUUAGUUGGAAGAAUGUCUGCAAACUCCUAAAAAUUUGAGGUAUGGGAAUUAGAAAUCUUAAGGCUAUGAACAGAUCUCUUCUUCAAAAAUGGUGGUGGAGACUGGGAAGAGAACAUGAUGCUUUAUGGGCCAGAGUUGUAAGAGAUAAAUAUGGAAUUUUGAUCUUGGGUGGAGGACCAAAGAACCUAAAGCUGUGCAUGGGGUAAGUCUUUGGAGAAACAUUUAUUCUACUUCUUCGGAUUUCUUUAAUUUGUGUCAAUUUAAAAUUGGAAAAGGAGACAAGAUUAGAUUAUGGGAAGAUAGAUGGCACAUAAAUGGAUCACUAGCUGAAUAAUUUCCUAGACUUUACCAUCUCACGUCUAACGAGCAAACUUCUAUACUUCAUGCUUCUCAAUCUUCUCUUGAUGGCUUUCAGUGGAAUUUGGGUAUUAUACACAGAAGAAGACUUUAUGAUUCUGAAAUUGAAGAGUUAACUAGGUUAAUUCCUAUGUUAGAGGCUAUCACUUUGGAUCCUACUGCGGAAGACCAACUUACUUGGCUGGGAGAUAAAAAGGGUUCAUUCUCAAUCAAAGCUGCCUAUGAGAAGACUAUUAGUGCUGACAGUUUGGCUUGUUUUCCAAAAGAAAAAGUUUGGUUCAAUAGUUGGCCCCAGAAAGUCAGUUUCUUCAUUUGGCAGGCAUGCCUUGGUCGUCUUCCAACUAUGGAAAAUAAACGAAACUGUGCAACUGAUCAAUCUAGUCUGUGCAAGUUGUGUAACAGUUUUGUGGAAUCGGCAGACCAUAUCUUUAUUCACUGUCCGGUGGUCCGCAAAAUUUGGGAUUAUUUCUUGAAUUGUGUUAACAGUCUUAUCAAUCUUCCUGACACAGUUCAAGGGUUGUUUAGCAGUUGGAAAAGUUUGCAUCUCUUUGACAGAGGCAAGCAUCUGUGGAGAAGGCUUCCCGGGGCUAUUAUAUGGAAUAUUUGGAAGGCAAGAAAUGCUUUGGCUUUUUCUAAUAAACUCUUAUGGAGCAAGAUGUGAUCAGAGAUAUUAAGAUUGAUGCUCUUCAUUGGACUAAAGGAAAGUUCUGUUUCCAUGGAGUUGACACUUCUACUAUAUUCUCAAACUGGCAAAAAAAUUUCUCUUAUAACUCAGUAGUUUAAUUUUCCUUUCUUUCUUUGGGAUUGCAAGCCCUUCUGUUUUGGGUUUGCUGGGUCUAUGACCUUGGGGGGUUUUUGUUCUUGUAUUCUUUUUCCUCUCUAUAAUUUUCUUUCUUUACCGAGCAAAAGAAAAGAAAAAGGUAAACCAUUUUGUAGAUUUACACGCUUAUAUUGUCGGUGUUGUUGCCUUU